CACACCUACAGGUGUAUACGUUUUGAAUAUUUGACAAGGCGUGUCCAUUGCGUGCGUGAUUUUACACGAAAGUUUUGCAAUACACUACGAGUAUACAAGUUGAAUAACUGAAUGCAUGUAUAUGGAAAUAUGUGCAUAUAAUUUAAAUCAGCUUGAGUAUUUGCAAUAUUUGCUAUUGCUAUAUCUGUUUAUUUGAUGUGUGUGUGUGUGUGUAUAUGUGUGUAUAUGUGUGUAUUCCAGAAGAAUUAUAUAUCAUUAAAUACAUAUUAAAUACAUAUCAUUGAUAACACACACACCCACACACAUUGCAACUUAUAAAAAAACUCAUUGCAAUACUGUUUAAACAUCUCUAUAACUUUGAGUCAAGAUGCAUCAUGGAAAGAAGUCUCCCAGCAUGGGAACACCGUCUGUUUAUUCUCAUGUAACUACUCGCAGCAGUGCAAAUCUCAGAUCGUCAAGGUCUGUUCGCAGCGUAAAAAUUCCAUGGUAUCAGAAAUCGAAACUAACACAUGCUUUUAUACUCGAUAUUCAAAGAGGUGCUAUGUUUACUGCUAUAUUUUCACUGUGUCUAGCCUUUUUCACAGUGUGUACAGCUAUUUUUGAUAUCUACUGUUUGUCACAAGCUGCGCCUGGUUCCACACAUUAUGGAUAUUAUAUCAUAUCAUAUGAGUUUGUUUAUGUGGGCAAUCAACAUGUUCGUAAUGCGUUGAUCGUAUUUGCAUUGUUCUCUAUGCUGGGUGGAAUGGUCGUCUUUGUAACUUCUUUGAUGUUAAUCACAGCUCUGCGGAAAGAAUACGAAAAGAAAAUAGUACCAUGGCUAUAUAGUUUCGCUGUAUUCACUCUUUUCAGACUAUUUGCUUUUAUAUUUUUUAGCAUUGUAAAUGAUAUGAUAUUCGCCUAUAAUAUCUUGAUCUGUUUCUUAUGGACAAUAUUUAUUUGCAUUUCUGCAUACGGUUGGCUUAUCGUGUAUUCUUUAUAUCUUGAAUUACAUGAUCUAACAAGAUUAGAGGAUCUUGCUCAUUUGCGGAUUGGUACAAUGCAAUCUCUAAAUGCAUCAACAACACAUUCUAUUGCCGGUUCUCGACCAACAACGCCUCAUAGCGUAGUAUCUACUUUGCCUGUUAAGUAAAUCUUAUAUAUAUAUAUAUAAUCUAUACAUAAAAUAUAUAAUAUAGAUAUAA